AGGAUUUUAAAGCGUCCAAUUAACCAGAAUCGCGGUUCGGUGUGGACUCGUCGGAAAGACCAAGGAAAAUUCUUUCGUAUUUCGCUGCAAAAUGGCAGGGCAUGACUCAGAGAAGUUUGAUGGCAUGUUCCUGGCAAUGUGUCAGCGCAGUGAAAAAGGAAUUGAUGAGCUCCUAGAUUGUUUGUUCAGUUUUCUGGUCCGGAAGACAGACUACUACACAGCUGGUGCCCCGGGGCAGGCAGAGAGGAUCUUGCUGGAAAAUUUCAAAAAGUAUGAAAAGAUCGCAGAAAGACAGAAAGAGGAAAUAAAGAAGGAGCGUGAAGAACAAGAGAGAAAGAGGAAAGAAAAGAUUGCAAAGAGGAAAGCUGAGGAAGAAGCGGAGAUGGAGAGAUUGAAGAAGGAGGAGGAAGAACCCAAAAUAAAGGAGGUCACCGACGAAGAGGCCGAAAAAAUACAGAAAGAAAUCGACAAGAAAAAAGAGACUCCUGCAUCGGAGCCUGAACCAGAAAAAGAGAAGGAGGAAAAAUCAAAGGAAAAUGGAGACAAAGAGAAGUCUGAUGAAGAGGAUGAGGCUGAUAAAGGGAAAGUUCCCCCUAAUGCUGGAAAUGGAGGAGACAUGCCUAACUACCGCUGGAGUCAAACUCUGGAGGAAAUUGAGUGCCAGUGCUGGUUUGAUGUAAAAUUUCCCAUCAAAUCAAAAGAUGUUGUUGUGGAAAUUGGUAGAAAGCACUUGAAGGUGGGUCUUAAAGGCCACCCUCCUAUAAUGGAUGGGGAGACGUUUAAUGAAAUUAAAGUGGAGGAGUCAACAUGGACGAUAGAUAAUAAGAAAUACAUCACCCUAAAUAUAGAAAAGGUUAACAGAAUGGAGUGGUGGAAUAAAUUAAUAAUGACAGACCCAGAAAUCAACACCAAGAAAGUCAACCCAGAGCCAUCCAAGUUAUCAGACCUUGAGGGUGACACGCGGGGACUGGUGGAGAAGAUGAUGUACGACCAGAGACAGCGAGAGAUGGGACUGCCCACCUCAGAGGACCAGAAAAAACAGGAAAUCCUCGGAAAAUUUAUGAAGCAGCAUCCAGAGAUGGAUUUUUCAAAGUGUAAAUUUAACUAACAGUUUUAAGUUACAUAUUGACUUUUAUACACUAGAUGUAAAUGAAUACUGUUCAUUACCAUUUAUGAUGGGAUGAUGAAGCUAUGGACCAUUUUCAGAAAGAACAUGUUAAACCAUUUCAUUUACAUUUACAUGUAUGAUGAAAUGAAAUUUGAUGAUUACUGCAAAUUAUUCUUAAACAGGUCAUUUUAUGAAUAAUGUAGAUCAAAUUUUUUUUUUAUUUUUUAGGAGAUUAUAAUACAGUUAUAUACUUUUUGUUAGAAAAACAAAAACUUCUAAAUUUUUGUUAUUAAACGCUCUGUUUAAUUUUAAAGCAUACAAAUAUAUGUGCAAAUGAAAUUUUUGCAUUUUGAAUUACAAUCAAGUGAAAUUAAAGGUUUUCACAAAUAAAAAGUGAUUUGUGGUACUUUGUUUUGAAUUGUUUGUCUGACUGAGCAAUUUUAACUGAGACCACAAUUUAAAUUCAUGUGAUUAUAAAUAAUACUAAAUCAUGUUUUACACAUUCCAUAAUGGAUGUGAUUAUACAUACCAAAGUCUGCAUACUUUAAAAAUUGUGUGAUGACUUGCUAUUUUUCAAACUGAUCACUAAAAUGUCCAAUGUGAACAAAUAAACUUUUUUCAAAAUUUUUA